UAGAAACAGACCCUUCGGCCCAACUUGCCCACACCGGCCAACAUGUCCCAUCUACAGUAGUCCCACCUGCCUGCAUUUGGCCCAUAUCCCUCUGAACCUGUCCUACCCAUGUAUCUGUCUAAAUGUUUCUUAAACAUUUAAGCCCUAGUACAACUAGAGACAUAGUCCUGAGGAGAUCAUAGUUGCUGAGGUUAGUGUUGUGCAGUGUUCAAGUGCUUGAUGGCUACUGGGGAGCAGCUGUUCUUGAACCUGGUGGUCACGGUUUUCAGGCUCCUGUAACUUCUUCCCGAUGGUAGCAGCGGGUUGACGGUGUGGCCAGGAUGGUGCGGGCCGUUGAUGAUAUUUGUUGCUUUACUGAGGCAUAGAUCCCUGCGGUGGUGGGGAGGUCAUGGAUGGACCUGUGAUGGACUGGCUUGUGUACACACUCUCUAUUGCCUGCUUCUUGCUUGUAUGUAGACUAGAGGACAUGCAUCAUUGGUAUAUAUAUGGGCGGUCGGCCUAUUCACAAGUGUCCAUUUCCGUUCCCCCUCUCACACUGGGACAAGAGAGAUUGGCCACCACCUGUGAUCACCGCAGACCCCCGUGAAUGUGAAGUGUUUUACAGGAGACGUGUAAAAAUCAGUGAUGCGAUUUAUAGCUGUUUGUGCAACCUUUGCCAUGAAUCAUCGUCCACUAUAAACGCAGGCAAGGUGCCUACUGCUCCAGAUCAGUUGUAACCAGCCUGGUUAAACAGUAACUGGACACUGCCUGUUGGUAUCUCUGCUCUACCCCUCUUGCCUACGGAACGGUACAUCUCUCUCUCUCUGUCUAUCUCUAUCUCUCCAUCUCUCUCCCCAUCUCCCUCCCAAUCUCCACUCUGGCCAUGAAGCCUCCGACCUCCGCUCAGAUCUUCCUCAUUGUACUGAUGUUUCAUUCCAGUCCUGGGACUGAUUCGAAGGCAAUGGACAAUCCAAAAGUUGUGAAGUGUGGCGUUCGCCCUGAGCAGGGAGGUGCCCAGUACUUGCUGGGCUUGUGGAAGCGUAUCGUUGGGGGCACGGAGUCAAAGGCUGGAGCCCACCCUUGGCAGGUGUCUUUGAAACGGCGUAACGUACACUACUGUGGAGGGACCAUCAUCAGCGCAAAAUGGGUGCUAACGGCAGCUCACUGCCUGCGGGACAGCAACAUCUUGACCAUGUUGACGGUGACGGCUGGUGAGCACAACCUGAAGACCAAGGAUAGCGGGGAGCAGAGACAGACGGUCAGACGCUACAUCAUCCACCCCAAUUUCAAGCCCGCCUUCCCUGCGGAGUACGACAUCGCUCUGCUGGAACUCAACGGCAACUUCAAAUUUGGAUCGACUGUUUAUCCGGCUUGCCUUCCCGCAGAGGAGGAUAACUUUGGCAAAGGAACCGUCUGCACCACCACUGGCUGGGGCCGGCUGUCUGAGGGUGGAAUGCUGCCAAACACCCCGCAAGAAGUCGACCUUCCCAUCCUGGACCUCAAGACCUGCUUAAAGGUGAUGAAGCUGGUGAUAAAACGAUUCAAGGGGGACACACUCCUGUGUGCGGGCUUCCCCAACGGGGGAAAGGAUGCCUGUCAGGGUGAUUCAGGAGGUCCCCUGAUGUGCCGGGGGAAGGGUGGCGCCUGGACCGUGGCCGGUGUCACCUCGUGGGGGAUGGGCUGCGGCCGCAACUGGAAGGACAACGGAAAAAAAUCGCCCAACGCCCGUGGAACCCCAGGGGUCUUCACACAGGUGAAGGCUCUGAAGUCCUGGAUUCAGCGGAAUACAAAGAGCGCAUUUAAAGGACGCAACAGAUCGAUUUUAUCUGGCGUUGAGCCGGAGACUUCAGGGGACACACAACCUACCGAGGCGAUUCAUUACUCCCCUGAAUGCGGAGACCUGCUGUUGACGAGAGCCCAGGGAGAGAUCCAAGCGGCCAGUUCCAUGAACCAGUCUAAUUGCCUGUGGAGGAUCAUAGCACCAAACAACAGAAUUGUUAAACUGGACGUCAAAGCCUUUAAUGGCAGCGUGGAGGGUGAGGAUUGUGCGUUUUCUCUUUCCGUCUUUGAUGGAGAAACUGCUGGCAAAAACAUGAAGGCGAGGUUGUGUGAGGGUCAAACCUCUUCGCCCAUCUGGUCCAGUGGCCCAGCACUAACGGUGGAAUUCACUGGCAGGUUGAACAGCACUUCAGCUGGUGUCCAGUUGGCUUACACCACCCACACCUCGAAGAACGACCAACAACUCCUCGCGUGACAGGCGGAGACGCACAAGAGAACGGAGUACCCGCAACUUACAGCUCAGAUGGGGCAUUUGGCAUCGAUGUUCCAGCUUACAUAUGAGCCUUCCAGGAUGCACACCUUUCACCUCUCUCCAGCCCCCUAAUUCCGCUUCCAUUUAUUCACCUACUCUUUAAAUGUGGUGGCGCAGCUGGUAGAGCUGCCAUCUCACUGCGCCGGAGGCCCAGGUUCGAUCCCGACCUCGGGUGCUGCCUGUGUGGAGCUUGCAUGUUCUUCCUGUAACCACGUGGGUUUUCUCUGGGUGCUCCGGUUUCCUCCCACAUCCCAAGGACGUGCGGGUUUGUAGCUUAAUUGGCCUCUGUAUAUUGCCCUUCGUGUGUAGGGAGUGGAUGAGAAAGUGGGAUCAUAUGGAACUAGUUUGAAUGGGUGAUCAAUGGUCGGCCUCCACUCAGUGGGCUGAAGGGCCUGUUUCAAUGCUGCAUCUUCCAAUCAAAAACAAAAUCCAUCUCCCCUGGUCAUCUCAAGCCUUUCCUGCCAUCUCUCCACUUUUGGCACUUCCUUUUUAAAAUUGAAUUAUUCUGUCGGGUUUACCACAGGGUUGAGUUAGGAGCCUACAAAAUGCAGUUGCUCAUCCAGGCUAUCCAUCAACAUGGUGUCGGCAACAUUAGGAGGGCACUGUGGUGCAGCGGUAGAGUUACUACCUUACAGCGCCAGAGAUCCGGGUUCAAUCCUGACUACAGGUGCUGCCUGUACAGAGUUCGUGCGUCAUCCCUGUGACUGCGUGGGUUUUCUCCAGGUG